AUGGAAUCGCUCCUGCAGCACUUGGAGCGCUUCUCCGAGGUGCUGGCGGUCUCCCGCACGACCCACGUCAGGACCUGGGACCCCGCGACAGUCCGCAGGGCCUUGCAGUGGGCUCGCUACCUGCGCCACGUCCAUAGGCGCUUUGGUCACCAUGUCCGCAUUCGCACGGCUCUGGAACGGCGGCUGCAAAGCCAGUGGAGACUGGAGGGCGGCUCCGGGGCCUCUCCAGUCCCCGGGUUGACGAACUUCCAGGCCUUGGAGCGCUGUGACCUCCUGCUGUCUCUGCGCCUGUUAGAGAACCGGGCCCUGGGGGAUGCCGCCUAUCACUGCCUGCUGCAGGAGCUCUUUCCGGGCCCUGGCGGCCCGGACGCCGACGAGGAGACGCUCCAAGGCAGCCUGGCCCGCCUCGCCCGCCGCCGGUCCGCCGUCCACAUGCUGCGCCUCGGCGGCUGCGGAGAGAACGCGGGGUUUGAGGAGGACUCCGUGCUGAAGACCCAGGCGGAGCUGCUGCUGGAGCGUCUGCGGGAGGUGCCGAAGGCCGAAGCCGAGGGCCCCAGCCCGUUUCUCAGCACCCUGUGGGAGCGCUUGCCUCAGAACAACUUUCUGAAGGUGCUGGCGACCGCGCUGUUGCUUCCCCCGUCGUCUCCGCGGGCCCCGGAAGAGGAGUUGGAACCGGGCACCCCCAAAACACUCGGAGACGGGGAUCAGGAGCUGGUCCGUUGGCUUUUGGCGAAGUCGGAAGUCAUGGCUGCCUUUUGCCGUAACCUCCCAGCCGGGCUUUUAACUUCGGUGGCAGGCCGCCACCCAGAGCUCUCCCGGCUCUACCUGGGGCUGCUCACAGACUGGGGUCGACAUCUGCGCUACGACCUUCCGAAAGGCGUUUGGGUUGGAACCGAGCCCCAACAUGUGCCCUGGGAGGAGUUGUACGGCAAAUUUCAAAGCCUCUGUCAGGCCCCCCCACCUCUGAAAGAUGAAGUUGUAACUGCCCUGAAGGCCUGUAAGGCGCAGGAUGGAGAUUUCCAAGUCCCCGGGCUCAGCGUCUGGACAGACCUGUUGUUAGCUCUUGGGGGUGGCUCAUGAUACUGCACUUAAGAAAAAAGAAGCUCCAGGUGUCAACCCAGGCCCCGGUUCACUGUGGGCAAUGUUUUGUUAUUGGUUACUUGAAUGUAUGGCUUACAAAAUUAAAAUUCCAGUGCUUGCACCAGA